GUUGUUUCCCAACUUUUGGAGGAUCUGGGCUCAAAAAAUCCCAGAAAGAGAAUCUUUUUGGUAGUUGGCGAUGUUGGCUCAGCCUUAAUUCUUGACGCCUCUGGGCAUCUGGCAGGAGGCAGUGAAAGGUAACACGGGGCAGCCCAGGAGAGGCUAGUGCAGGCCAGGGCACAGCUGUGAUCCCACCUGAUCAGCCCCACACCCCUUGCCCCUCUUUGUGUGUGUGUGCAUGUGUCUGUGAGGAGGGGAGAAGGCAGGACAUAAGGGGCGGGUCAUUCCUGAGCAGGAGCUGGUUGUUAGGUGUCGGAAACCUAACACCUAGGUCAUGUUCAUACCUCAGGCCAUGCCUGGAAGCAUGAGAAGGUGAGCUCCUCUACUCAUAUUGUUACCGAGCACUAGAGGAUUCAUCUCCUUCCCUCCCUGACCAGAGUUCUUUGCAGGGAUGCCCCUCUGUGCCUGAACUGAGGAACAGAUAUUCUCUUGGCGAUUGGCCCCAGUGGCAGUGUGCAGGCAGCCCCUGAUUCCUUCUGGCCCAGUUCCCAGGCAGUCUUUGCAGAACUCCACUCAAGAGGUUGUCGAGUAGCUGCCCAAUGGUUUCAAAUCCACCAACUCACUAGACAAGGGGCAGGUACAUGAGGCCAUCCACACUUUCCAGUGCUGCUCUGAGAUGAGAGCAGGAGCAGAGGGUCUCCACACUCAGGAGCUUGAGAUGACGGGGUUGGACUAGAACUAGGGAGAGACCAGACUCGGGCUGUCCCUUUUUUAAGCUAAAGGGGAUGUACAUGAAUGUCACCUUGCCUGGUUAGGAGAUGAGCUGCCGUGACCCUCUUACCCUUGUCCAGUGUGAGCUUCUGGAGGCCACUGAGGCAGAGCCAGAUGCGUCAGCUGCAGAGCUCCAGCCAGCGGCAGAAGAAGAGCAGUGGGCAGUGGUGGAGGUAGAGCUGGCUCCAGCUCUGUUGACACCACCCCCCCUAGCACUGGAGCCAGUGUCCCCUCCACCAGCAGUGUUGGAGGUGGAGCAAGGGCCAACAUGGGCUCCAGCAGGAGUGGGAGCUGCUGAGCUGGAGUCACCUGGACCAUCAUUUCUAGUGAGAAGUCCAUCUCCACCUGUGGCUCUUAAGGAGCGUGAGAAGCUUAAUCUCACGGCCUUCCUUCCUAAGCUGGUGGUGGAGCAGUUGACCAUGAUGGAUGCGGAGCUCUUCCAGAAGGUGGUGCCCUCUCCGUGCCUGGGCUCCACCUGGGGCAAGAGGAAGAAGCCGGGCAAUGAGCACCAGACACCCAACGUCCAGGCCACCGUCGACCAAGUCAGAAGGGUGGCCAGCUUCGUCAUCACGCCCUGCCUCGGGGACCCGAGCAUGACAGCCCAGGACAGGGUGAGGGUGGUGGAGCGCUGGAUCCAGUUGGCCCAGGAGUGCAAGAUCCUGAAGAACUUCUCCUCGCCCUGCACUGUAAUCUCUGCUCUGCAGAAAACCUCCACAAGCCACCUGAAGAACACACGGGGGAAGUUUCCCGGGGAAUGGGAUCAACCUUGAGAAGAGGACUGAGGAGCAGCAGUGGCACUCCCUGCAGGGGAGAAGAAAGAGGUGGAAAUCAGAGACCUUCUGGGCAGAACAGUCCUUGGCUCCACCCGCUGUAUCUUACAUUGAAUGGAAGAGUUUGAUAUCAGAGAAGUGGGAGACCCAUCCAAUUGGCGGGAAUACCGAGUCAUGAGUAAGAUCUUGCUGCUCCAGGAGGCUGCAAAGAAUUACAACCUAGAACCCGAGGGAGUGAUUUGGGGCCUCGCUCCAGGGCAUGGAGUUGCUCAACGAGAAUGAGAGCUACAACCUGUCCUGCCAGCCAGAUCCCUAGACCUAGUUGGCCUGCAGAAUAUGCAAGGCCAAGAAGAACCGGCCAUCAUCAAGGUCAGGGGUGAGUGAGUAUCUGGGCCGGGGUGACUGACUCCUGGGGGUUCAGUAAGGCUUCGGGCUAAGCGUGG